AUGAAUCCGAGAGAGACCGAAACUGGGACGAGGAGUGCGGCGGAAGCGGCGGGACUCCCAGGCAUGGGGGCUUCACCACAAUAGAGGCAGCGCCCCCACCCGCACCCGCCAGCCGUCCGGAGCAAAGCCCCCAAACCCCCUCGGGAAAAGGAUGGCGGCGGCACCUACCCAGAUCGAAGCCGAGCUGUAUUACCUGAUCGCUAGGUUCUUGCAGUCCGGACCCUGUAACAAAUCCGCUCAGGUGCUAGUGCAAGAGCUCGAGGAGCAUCAGCUGAUUCCGCGCCGCUUAGACUGGGAGGGGAAAGAGCACCGAAGAAGCUUCGAGGAUCUGGUGGCAGCCAAUGCACACAUUCCUCCAGACUACCUCCUUAAAAUUUGUGAGAGGAUUGGUCCCUUGUUAGAUAAGGAGAUCCCUCAGAGUGUCCCUGGGGUACAGACAUUACUAGGUGUUGGUCGGCAGUCUCUGUUACGGGAUGCCAAAGACUGUAAGAGUACACUAUGGAAUGGGUCUGCCUUUGCAGCUCUACACAGAGGCAGACCACCAGAACUACCUGUAAAUUAUGUGAAACCUCCAAAUGUGGAUUUUGGCUAUUGUGAAUAA